AUGUCUGAGCCCACCGCCGCUAUCCCAGCAACCUGCUGCAAGCGCUCCGACGGUACGGGCUGCGUCUGCGCCAAAGAAGCGACCUGUUCGUGCGGCAAGCAGCCCGCCAUGCACUGCACGUGCGAGAAGGCUCAGACCGAGAACACCAUCUCUGGCGCUAGGUGCUCUUGCAACCAACGCGCCCAGGGCCAAUGCACCUGCGGCCGCGCGGAUCAGGAAAACAGCUCGGUUCAGGGCUCGACUUGUGCGUGUGGGAAGAGGCCGAGUGAUUCAUGCACGUGCGCUGGCACGGAGCCGGGUGCUGAGAGGGCCGAGGAGAUCGAUUUCACGACAAGGAAGUAG